AGAGAACAAGAAUGUCAGACCUCUGCAGCCAAUAGGCGCAGAGAAGCAGAAUGCAAUCCGGAAGUAUUUUCAUUUUCCACGUGAACAGCGCAAAGUAAGCAUGGGUAGCACUCCAGGGGGAAAGAUCAACAGGCCCAAAACAGAUUUGGGGAGGAACAUCUGCAAGCGCCGCCGGGUUCAGGGGAAGCAGAAGCGUCAGCGGCACCAGAUCACCGGUGCCGUCAUCGACGCCGGUCUCACGACCAUCCAUCACCUGAAGAAAAGAAUCACCAGCAAGAGGGCCAACAUCACUCUGUCUGGGAAGAAGAAGAACAAGCUCCUCAAACAGCUGGCUCACAUGGAGAGGGAGAAGGCUGGGAUGGACGUGGCCCCCAGCGCAGCCCCAAAGACCCAGGACCCAAACACCACCCCCGCCGCAGGCCCGACCCCCGCCACCACCAAGAAGGCCAGGAAGAGGAGGAACAGGAAGGGGAAGGCCGCCGCCGCCGCCGCAGCCACCGCCGCCGCAGCCACCGCCGCCGCAGCCCCCACCGCCGCCGCCGCCGCCACCGCAGCCCCAGCGGACAUUGUAAUGCAAGACGCGGAGUAAAGACAGAAGAAGAAGAAGCAGAACUCCAAGUGGCCCCAACGUCUGGCGUCCGGCCUUCGAUGGAAGGGGCGGUGGAUGUGAAUGAGGACCACGCUGAACGGGGACAUGAUUCGGUCACAGUGGAGCGCCAGUUGGCCACCUAUACAAUUUCUGCAUUGGUUACAUCCGAAAUGAGGAUUCUGACGUGCUAAAUAUGAAUGUUAAUGUUGCGGAAAUGCUGCUUGCCUGAAUUCUCGGGCGUUUUAUUCAAGCAUAUUUUGGAUGCAUGGAUGGACACUUCAAUGUCUGGGUUCUACUGGCAAUAAGCCUCAUGGAAAACAAGUUUGAAACCAUUUCUGAAUACUUAAGUAAAGAUGUAUAGAUUACAUGGAUUUUGACGAGCAUGUUUUGCAUCCAAUAAUGACUGUUGCAUUUGGAGGGGGGGGGUCUCUGUAAUUUAAUUAGAGGCUUUUGCAUUGGAUACAUUUUUGUGCGAAAGCCUAUCAAUAUGUUGGCAGGUAAACAUAAAAAAUCUGGUCAAUUUAGGGAAGUUGACCGUUUUUUAUAUAGCCUAGUAGCAUAUUAUAUAAAAGCAUAUGUCAUUUAUGGUUCAGUUUAUCAAAUGUAUUGUUCAUGUCCUUUAAUUAUUGAUGUCUGCUUGUGAAAUGCGCCAUUAAAGUCUUGACUGUU